UUUUCCGCGUACUUAACCCUCAGUCUCGUUUCUAAACUUUCGUAUAAGUAAAAUCGGGAAUGUGUUGAGCUUUUACCAAACGUUCAAGAGUCUUCCCAUAUUACUUGAUCUAAUGGAGAACCAGAAACCAACAACGGAAGCGCCAAGCGUGGAGGACUGGUUGUGGGCCAGUGAAGCUCGUUACGAUUCCAUGAAAAAUUUACUACAGUCAGUUAAGAAGGAUAUCGACCAGUUGACAUCAAGAAUCGAUUCCACACAAAUGCCGCUGAGCCCCGAUGUGCACGCAUCCACAGUACAAUCAAGUAAAUGGAUAACCAAUCUUGACAAAGAAGACUGUACAGGUGUAAAGCUUUGUGAUUUUUUAAGCCGGUACGAUAAUCGACCGGAUAUCUUGGAGAACCUAAAUGCAGAUUUUGAUGAGCCACUGAACGAGGUAGUAGAAGAUGAGUACAAAGAUAUUCAAAUCCGUGGACCCAUGCAACCUUUUUGCAAGAGUGAGACAAAUAGAGAGCUCUUCGACUGCGUUAUGUCCGAAGUGGAAAAUAACGUUGGGUCAUCAGUUGAUGGGAACGGCGGUAAAACAUGGCGAUCCCCUUCAGAUUACAAUUUGCAUGAUCCCUUUAAGGAAGAGGAAAACGGGGAAUUUGAAAGGGGAAUAAACCCAUUUUCUCUAGAUUCGCAUUUUCAUCAGUCUUUUAAGCAGACGGAUCUAGAUGAUCUUGGUACUGGAGCGUCCGAACCGGAUGAUGAAUCCGGCGAAAGCAUGUCACCCGCAGUUUCGCCUACUUUCGACAAUUUCGCCACCGGCGAGGUGAAUUUGAACGACAUCGUUCUUGCAAGUGAAGAACGAAGUCAAUUCGAUUUUUCUAAUGAUGACAGACUCCAAAUUUUAGGUGAUACAGAGGUCUGCGGGGUUUACGACAAGGCGCAUGCUCUAACCACCAUAUCCGAGGCCUCGGAAGAGAUUGAGGAUGACUGGUCUUCAUCCGACAUGGACAGCUCAGCACGUGGGAGUGACCCACAAAUGCCGGGCGAGUCGGUCACUAGCGUGCAGCACGUGCCACCGAUGUCCACUAAGCACCCCAAUGGUCAAUCGAUGGAGGCGGAAUUCAAAUCGCCGAGAGAUAUUUCACCUGACAGGCAUUCUGUCAACCCUUGUGAGUACCGGACUAGUGGGAUUGAACUCGGAUCCGCUGAGAACCAAACUCCUAAACCGGUGAUGGAUGUAAAUCAGACAUUUGUUUUUGACCCAACUGCACUCAGCAUGCCUGGAGCAUGCUUUGAACUCCCACAAGUAGUUAAGAUACGACCGAAAAAAGUUGACUCAGAGUCUUCCAGUCCGAAGAAACAGCGCCCAGUUUCAGCAGGGUCUUUGAAACUGCACAUAAGAAGUGGAGAUUCCACUGUUCUUGGUUCUGUUUACUCAGUUUUAUCCACAUUUAGUCAAGAAAGCAUUAUAAGUGAAGCAGAUUCGUACGUCACUGUAAAUAGCCGCUUGUUGCAUACGGGAAGUGAAGAGUUAUAUACGACAGCAUGUAGUGAUUCUGAGAUACCCGUGAAAAUAGCUGCGGAAAACGACUUCCAUCCUGAAUUUGACGAGUGUCCAACCUUAUCCAGAAAACGAACAAUGUUGCCGAGAAACCAACGACACCGUUCCAAUGUUCCUCGACCAAUGAAUGGGGAUUAUUCUUCUGAAGAUGAAAUGGAUGAUACUGUGUUCACAUCAUCGGAGGCUAUCACUGUCACACCAAAAUUCUCUCGCCUUCCCUCCAAGAUCCCUUCUCCGAAAGACAGUAUCUCAAUAAAGCUGAUGAACACGGACCCUGACAAUCAGAAUAAAAAUACGGAACUGGUUCCGCAUGCUCAAACAAAAAAUGACCCAAGUCAUGUAUUACUGCGAAGAUCCGACUGCAUCUCGCCAAUACUUAUCCAAAGACCAACCAAGCGGUCGCUUGAUGGAUCCGAUUCAGACGUUGGCAACGAAUCGGAUGGCUCGUCUUCGUUGGAAGAGUUGGACAACGAUGUGUCUCGAUCGACUAGUUGGUCAAUCAACGAUCAGGGGUCUCAGGAACUAAAACCGUUGUCACCACUGGCAUGCAACCGCAGUUGCAGAUCGGAUUUUGAGCAACCUGCUGCAAAGAAGGAACCAUCGAAGCUUUCCGAACCGAGUGGGAAUUCCGUGCAUAGUAACCAUGGCAGCGAUAUUGAUGAUGAUUCCUCCGUAAAAGAGAGGUUUAUUGAAAAACACAUUCCCGUACCUAAUUCUGGCAAGCUAAACGGUCUUCCUUCUUUGGAUGCUUCUUCUUCUUUUGUAAGUGGGCUUAUUUUCCGUGAUAGUUUCCACCCACCUUUGUCCAAUGAGCUUUUGACCCAAGGUGAAAUGUCAACGGCGUCACGUAAGGUGAGUGAAACCCAGUUGGCUGAACCAAAUCACCCGGUCACACCUGCAAUGGACAACACUGCGACUGUGGACAGCUCUACAGUGAUUGGUCAACUCAAGGCCAAUAUUAGUAAUUCUGUCACUGGGCCGACCAGCGAAGCGGAGAAAACACAUGUAACGGUUGCCGCACCAGGGAAUACGAUCGAAACGCGCGCAAGCACACUUCUGCUGCAACCUGGUUCGAUUACUACCCCAUUGGCCUCAACGACAGAAACAGCUGUCGUGGGCUGUGCAAUGCUUGGGUCCAGUGUGACUUUUUAUGAACGCCCGGAAUAUCUGGAUGCGCAGAAACGUCGCACAUCACACAACACCAGCGAUCGCUUUCGACAGUACAACACAACCGAUAGACCAGAAAACCAUCUCGAAAACUCCACAGAACCCUACCAGUUCCUCAGCACUGAACACAAAGAACGUGAUGCCCUGCCAUUGGCGGCAGUUCUGGCCAGUGCCGAAGCCAUAGCUGCACGCCCUUCUCUCUACGCUGCAUCAAGGGACAAGGAAGUCCAAAAUCGUCUUGGGGCCCCAGAUUCAUCAGAUUUGUACCUAAAUAUAAACGAUCCCGCAGUCGGAAAUGAUCUGAGGCACGGCUGGCAAAUGAACACCUCUAUCUCCUCGGCAGCCAACAGUACACAGCCGGUGAUGAACAGUUCAAAUGAAACAAAUGGCUUUGCUCCACCCACUAUCAUCCGAAUUGAUAAUAUCAUCAAUCACGAGCAGAAAGUUUUCCAGCAACCACCAUCCGAACGGGUGCAACGAAGUUCUCCACGCGAGUGCUUCUACGAUCGGUCAAAGGACCAACUAGAAUGGUCACACAGAAGCCAACAAACAAGUGAUGUUGGGCAACCACGUGAUCGAGAUCGGUUUAAUCCGAAUCCCGAUCGCGUGGUCCUCGUUACCUCAGCCUAUCCCCAAAAUGAUAUGCAUCCCAUGGAAGACAUACAAUUAGCAUCACAACGAAAAAGCCGUAUACUCCAUGGAGAUGCUGGGUAUUUCGACACCUCGGUUAAACUGAUCAGUUCACCACAGACGCCUUUGCCACAAAACGCUGAAGUAUCUUACGUUAGGGACAACUAUGAUGGUGAAUCCCCAUUGCUUCCAUCAUUCAGAAAGACUUCCGAGAUAGGAUCGGUUCCGGAGUCACAGCACCAGAAGUUUUUCGGUGAUGUGAAUUAUGUGGACCAUACUCAUUACGAUAAGUCAGAAAAAGGGGGUGGAUUGUCUUUCGGUAGCUCAAAUGCUCCCUCAAGUGUACCGGUAAAGAAAAGUCACAUAAGACUCAUGAAUGCUCCUCAGACGACCACCCCCAUUCAGACGGAAAUCAAUGAACAGAUCUCCAGUUCUACUCCACGAAUACCGUCUAAACAGUACGGGUCUCGAUUUUCUCCUCCCAUGAUACGUCCCAAGUGGCAACUAAAACCUAUACCCUCCGACGCCGAAAUACGAGAACGUUUAAGGAGUCGGAGUCGUCAAAGAGCUGAAGAAAGGCAGUCCCGUGUGGUCCAAACGGAAGCUACGUCAGCAACUAGGCAGCGCGAUUCUAGAUCCGACUCCCGUUAUCGUUUUACUGACUUAGAUUCAGCUAUCGCCGAAUCACGCGGAGAAACAACGGUUCCUAAACGAUGGCCACAGAGUGGCGUUGAACUCGAUUCUCAAGUUAAAAAACUGGCACCUUCAUUACAGUUGGAAAAUCGCAUUACAACGACCAGUUGUUCGACACAGCGACCACCGCCGAGUUACAGCGGUAUACAUGCAAUAGCUUCGCUGAAUACCUCGACGCGAAGGUUUUUCGGAGAUGCAAAAUCGUACAGCUCAUUGCUUGAAACCGAUAUUGACACCGGUGAGAAUUACGAAAGGCCAAUAUUGCUCGAAACCGAUGUGGACAAUAUGGUGACGGGUUUCAAAAAUCCAAGUCUCCACUCUCCACUGAUAGGUGAGUUUGCAGAUCAGAAGACACGCAGUCUAUUCAAUCUGACACUCGCGCACACACCAGGCUCGACUUAUCGUGGUGUGUAUCCGAACGAUAGACGACCAGAUCUUGCGAGCACAGAACCGGAACAAAAUUGGCAACGUACAAAGAGCCUACAAGGUUUGCCACACAGAGAACAGGAAUCUUCAAAGUCCUACUACCGCACAUUCUCACAACAAAGCAAGCUGACAGGGGUGGGUGCAAAAGGUUUACUCGAACGGCUACGCGACCGAGCGAAGUCAGACCAUGAGCUGCGAAUAGCUCAAUCACUAACAAAGCUGCAUGUACCUGAGUGGUUGGACAAGGCAGAAUGUUUAACACGUUCAUCUGUACAAUCGGGUGAUGGAAUCGUUGACAGUGUGGUUGUGCAGAAAUGCAUCUCUUCCGAUCUGAACAGAAGAGUUCCUGCGAAGGGACCUUUGAUGGAACAUUCCCGACCACUUUUGUCUUCCAUUCGCUCAUCACCAAGCACUCGCCAUCCAGAAAAAGCGGUCUCUACUGGUGAUGCAACAAAUGAAGCUAGUAGGUCUAAACUGAUCGGAGGUUACCAACCGAAAUUUAUCCGCCCAAGCCAAGAGUUGCGUGAGAGAGGAAGCAGUAUAUCCCGCCUCAGGCCGAUAACUUCCAAAUUACACAACUCAAUGCAAACUCUAUUGAGAAAUUUACCGAAUGACGAAAUCAGACCACAAGCGGCACCUCGGGCUACAAGACAGACUGGACAAAGCACAGAGAUGAAAUUGAGUCCACAGGAUUUUGUGCCCAAGCGGGAGCAAAUUUGGGGUCACGAGAUCCCAACUUUGAAUCUGCGGCAGGCACGUGACCGACAAUUCCCGGUGAACGAACGAAUACAGAACCCGUCCAAAUUGGGAGACCGCUGCCAAAUGAUAUCAGAAGCUUACGAAAACGUUCGUGGAGAAGGCAGAAAAUCAUAUCUUGCAGCUGGUGCACCAAAUACAGCAUACAGUGGACAGGUAACCCAAGUGAUGCAACCAAUCAGCAGACGGCAGCAAGCUAACGUUCGCACGAUGUAUGAAGAUAUUAAGCCGGCUGACUAUGAUUCCGGCACCGAACAUUCCGGGGAACACAGUGAUGAACGGCCACAUUGUUCGUCCGUGAUAAUCACACAAAAUGGGACCUCUUCGAAUGCCACACAAAAUCCAAUAACACAGGCCGAGUUCACAUCUGCAACCCAAUCAAACUAUCAAAAGACAGAGCAUCAGUUAGCACAAAACAGUGACACCCAACGUUCCGAAUGGAAUUCCAUCGAUGCGGAUGGUGAGACAGAGAGCGAGGUGACCGACGGUUUGGAUCAAAUAUCUGACCUAACAUGUUUAACUUCCCUAGUUGACACCUUCGCAUCGCGGCACCGUGCACUUCUAGCAAACAGGCCGACAGCGUUAGAUCAUCUGUUAACUGGUCUCGGAUGGUGGCCUUCGACUCCACAACCUCAUCAUCAUCACUCGCCGCCGACUGCGGCCGAAGCCAUUUCCAUAGCUGCACACGAGUUUGACGUCGAUGAGGACUCACAUCGAUCGGAGUUUAUUGAUCUCCUUGCUGGUCCGGAAAGUCGUCGACCGAUCAAUCUGGGCGAAUUCGCACUCAAUCAACUCACCGAUUCUGUCAAACGAAAAAAAGAGGAUGGGUUGUUAUAUAUCAGUUGUGGUCGGUCAGAAUGCACUAAGCCAUCGGUCAAGGUCGCAAACGCAGCGAACUGGUGCGCAUGUGCCAACUGCUACACCUUGUACUGUUCAACAGCAUGUCGCUCGAUUGAUCGGCAGUCUGCCCAUGACCAUCCAACCGUGUGCUCGUUUGCACGCGCGAGGCGAGUGUGUACUCGAAUUCUGCGGAGUUUUGCACCUGGGCAGCUGAACGGUCUCACUGCAUUGGCAAAGACAGGUAUGGCGAGACUGGGUCGUGGAGGAAUCUUGCUUCCGUUUGCACUGGUAAGACAUGCAGAGCUGUUCUUGGAGAGGUCCAAAGCAAUUUGUUCCGCUAACGAAGGCAGCAUAGAUAACAGUUUGGAGUACGCGUAUUCCUGCUGGGAAAAUCAUCAUCUGCCCAGUCCUGGUGGCCUCAUGUCUCCGCCAAUUUAUCUGACGAUUAGUGAAUUGGAAGAACUAGAUUCCACAGUUGCAAACCCAUGCAGAAGGUAUGCUCCGUCUUCCAGCAUGGUUCUGUUAGUAGUUGUGUGUGCCUACGAACUCAUUGCAAGAUCAGACGGGCGCCCUGUGCAUCUCUUUAAACAAAGUCUUGUGGUUCCUUUUCCCGCGCACCAGACCAGUGGUAGAAGUGGCCAAAAGCAAGCGGCUACUGAGACGCAACCAGUCACACCGACCAGAGUGACAUCCAAGCCUUCCCUACCGCAAACCAACGGAAUGGUGAAUAAACCCGACCGACAGGCCAUUGCUGCUCGAGAGGCAUAUAUGAUUCGACUGCAGCGGAUGCUACGUGAACGAGGUGUGAGUUUACGUCAUCACUAUCCGGAAAUUUACACACAUAUAGCUAAUUUUGUAGAAAACGGCGUAACUUUCACUCCAAUCCGUAUUCUGUUUCACGAUUUUGUGCUUCGGGAAGAGGUGAUUUGUACCAUAAAACCUAUGAGCGAUCCGCACAUUCAACCCACUCGGGAGUUACAGUCACAGCGCAGCAAACACGAUGUGGACGUCUACGAAGACGUAGUCCAAGACGGUAAGGGAACAGAACCUGUUGAUAAUAAGAAACGCCAUCGUACAAAUCACCCAGAGUCAAUCAGCCGGCAAGGUGUGAGACACAGUCAACCGGAGACGGAUUUCUAAAGGUGAACCGAACGUCUUCUCAUAACGCUUCAGGCCUAAGUUGUACAAAGUUCAAUGAAAUUUACCAAUCUCUGAAUAGCAACUCUGAUUCACUUUUAGUGAUUUUCUCUCAUCCAUCCAAUGCAUUAUUUCGGCCCACUGAAAUCAACAUUGACAGCAUCUUCCCCAUGUGUGCAUAAAACUUCAGUUUUCAACAUGUUACCAAAUUUCACACCGAGAUGAGCCGCAUGAACGAAAUCAUUGUUCGCCCAACGCAUCCGGUACGACACCCAACAGCCUGAGACCAAUGCCACCAUUUUUCUUCCCAGACAACAAGUGCAUUUGCGCGACGACAUAGUGUAGAUUGUGCAACAUCGUACACUUCCGACGCCCAGCUUCCAAUUGUUUUUCUAACUUCCAUUCUUUACCUAACUGACCGCUCGAUCAGUAGAGUUCAGACUGGUUUACGCUGCAGAGUGUUCUUUUUUGGGUCAUAACUUUACCUUGGUUGCCAUGGUAGCCUAUGGUUAUAUUUCUUCGAAAGUUUGUUAUCUUUUUGCGAAAUCCCUUUUGCUGCGAGCGAAUGUAAUUUUCUGUGUAAAGAUUUUUAUUUGCGCUUAUUGUUACUUUCUUACAAAAAAUUGACAGUACCUCCGAUUCCAAGUUUGCCGAAAAUAAAAUGUACCCAACAGAUACGAUAAGAACGUAUUUUUGUGU